AUGGAGAAGAUCUUCAACGCCAAAAGGUGUCCAGACGAGAACCAGUUGGCGUUCACUGAGUACUUGUUAACUGGAGAAGCAAGCCACUGGUGGGCGAGCACAAGGGCGAUUCUGGCAGACGCACAACGUCCGAUCACUUGGGAAGUGUUCCGUGGCAAGUUUUACGAGGAGUACUUCCCUGACAGCGUCCGUUUUGCGAAGGAAGUGAAGUUUCUACAGCUCGUUCAAGGUGGGAUGUCGGUUUCUGAAUAUACCAAUAAAUUCAAGCACCUUGUUCGAUUCAAUACUAUGGCCACCAGUGAGGAGUGGCAGUGCAGGAAAUUUGAGAAUGGGCUAAGGAGUGAUCUGAAGGUGUUGAUCUCAAGUUUGUGUAUUCGGUCGUUUCCUGCCAUGGUUGAACGAGCGAAGGUAUUGGAGAAGAAUAUGGCAGAGGCGGAACGGCAGAAGAAGCAGCAACAAGUGAGUAGGGGACCGAUCGUGUCCAGGGGAGGAACUGUUCAGAGGAGACCUCCUUACGCUCGUCCAAACCAGCCUUCUCAUGCGAGCGGAUCGCAAGCAAUGGUUCCUGUCGGACAGUCUGGACAAGGAAACGUUGUUUGCUUCCGGUGUGGAAGGCCACACUAUAGGUCUUCAUGCCCUCAGCUGGUGGGAGGAAAGCACUGCAACCGUUGCGGAAGGAACGGGCACUUGGAUCACGAGUGCAAUAUGAGUGGACGUGCAGUGAUGAGGCCACCCAAUGCUGGAAGGAAUCAGUCAAGAGGAGGACGAGCCCAAGCGAGUGGGCGUGUAUAUGCUAUAACGAGCGCUGAAGCAGCGAGCUCAAGUAAUCUCAUAAUUGGUGAAUGCAUGCUGUUUGGUAGAUCGUGCUGUGCACUUGGUACUUUACUCAGCUACAUCUCAUCCUACGCUGUCCCCCAAACUGGAUCUUCGGAUAUGGAUGCACUUAUUCGCUAG